GGGGGAGGUGUGAGAUGGGAAAGUCCUGACUCAUCUGUGCUUGACUCAGCUCGCCCUGCGGCCGGGUGGGAGCGAGGGGGUGGAGUUGGAGAGGGGAGGGCCACUCCAAGAUUCUUCUGAGGAGGAGCCUUGGUCAGACUGGGGACACUGGAGAGGACGAAUUUCCUAACAGCCCCUUCCCAAAUUAUAACAGGUCCCAACAUAUGAAGCUGUAAACACAGGAGGUAGUGGGUGCCCCUUGCCCCGCCUCUCUGCCGCACAGGGGGCGGGGCCCAGUGCCUGGAAGCCCACUUCUCUCGUGCAGGCUCAGACGAGGAGUCCUGACUCCAAGGGGGGGCGAGACACUGCAGUGCGGGAAACACCCCAGGAACGGGGUCUUGGCUUCCCCCAGGAACGGGGUCUUGGCGCUGCCACGUACUGGUCACAUGACCCAGGGGCAUGUCGCUUCCUUUUCCCACACCUCAGUUUCAUCCUGGUGAAAUGGGGAUGAUAAUACUGUCCCUUUAGGUGGUAGGUAGUUUUGAGGACCCGCGCGGUGGUGAAGGUGAGAGCUUGAGUGAGACGCGUCAGCCACAGGCCUGUCCCUAAGCCCAGGUCCCUCUCCAGCCCCCCUCUUAACUGCUUCUGCUCUAACCUGUUGCAGGAGAUGGGGGCUGGUGGAGGGAGGCGUCCCAGCCGGGCCCUGGACUUUGGAACCUUCCCCUGAGGAGCCUCUCUUCCCAGAGGCAGAGCUAGAGCAGGGAAGGCCAAUAUGCUUGGGGUUAAUUUAGGGUUAGACUCCCACAGGGUCACGGGUGGGGGGUGGCGUCGACUCCAGGUCCAGCCCAGCCUCCAGCAGCCCUGCUGGGAGCGGCGGGAGUGCGCACCGACGUCUGGCUGGGCAGAUCACGAGGGCGAGGCUGGGUCCAAGUCUCCUCCCCUCCCCCACCCCGAUCGGUGGGGCGGAGGAGGGUAGGGCAGGGGGCGGUUGGGUGAGGCUUCGGUGUUUGUGUGAGUCUAUUUGUUGGUGUAUCUAUAGCCCCGCGUGUAUGUGUGUGCGCGCGUGUGUCUUCCUUUGUCACUACCAGGCUCAACUUUCUCCGGUUCCCUUGUGGCCGGGCCUCAGUCUUUUCAUCCGUUCAAUGAGUCGGCGCGCUCCCUCUCUGCCGUCGGGCAGCCCGGGCGUCUGCGGGUGCCCCAGGCUGAUUCCGUGCUCCUGCUUGGGCCAGCGCCUCCUUCGCCCUCCAGCACACCUCCGCGGGUCGGCGUGGGCGCGCCUCUGGUUUCCUGGGCUCCGUGCGUGUCUUUGUCUCCCUGUCCACGUGUGAGCUUCCGUGCUCCAGUACCGAGUACCUGGCUGGGCCCUGGGCACGCACAGGGGCCGUAGCCCCACUGUGUGUGGGAGCCAUGAGGAUCCUGGCUAACAAGACAAGGUUACCCCACCCCAGGAGGAGAGAAGCUCCAGGGAGCCCGCCGCUGUCCCCACGUGGCCACUGCCCCCCGGCCCCAGCCAAGCCAAUGCACCCAGAAAAUAAGUUGACCAAUCAUGGCAAGACAGGGAAUGGCGGGGCCCAAUCCCAGCACCAGAAUGUGAACCAAGGACCCACCUGCAACCUGGGCCCAAAGGGCGUGGGGGCGGGGAGCCAUGGGGCCAAGACCAACCAGAUCUCACCCAGCAACUCAAGUCUGAAGAACCCCCAGGCAGGAGUGCCCCCUUUCAGCUCACUCAAGGGCAAGGUGAAGAGGGAGCGGAGCGUGUCUGUGGACUCUGGAGAGCAGCGAGAGGCUGGGACCCCAUCCCUGGAUUCAGAGGCCAAAGAGGUGGCUCCCCGGAGCAAGCGGAGGUGUGUGCUGGAGCGGAAGCAGCCAUACAGUGGGGACGAAUGGUGCUCAGGACCCGACAGCGAGGAGGACGACAAGCCCAUUGGGGCCACCCACAACUGUAAUGUAGCAGACCCAGCCAUGGCGGCCCCACAGCUGGGUCCUGGCCAAGCCGCCCAACUGCCCCUCAGCGAGAGCAGCGCACCAGGACCCCCGCAUGGGCCGCCACCGGGCCUUCGGCCCGACGCCCCUGGGGGCGGGGGUGGGGGUGUCCCCGGAAAGCCCCCCUCACAGUACGUGUAUGUCUUCACCACCCACCUGGCCAACACGGCUGCUGAGGCGGUGCUGCAGGGCCGGGCUGACUCCAUCCUGGCCUACCACCAGCAGAACGUGCCCCGGGCCAAGCUGGACCAGGUCCCGAAAGUGCCACCUACCCCAGAACCUCUACCCUUAAGCACGCCGUCAGCGGGCACUCCGCAGUCGCAGCCACCGCCACUCCCGCCGCCGCCACCCCCGGCCCCGGGCAGCGCCCCGCCCGCUCUGCCUUCUGAUGGUCCUCCCGAGGACGCUGGCCAGGACCUGACGCCCAACUCAGUGGGAGCUGCCAGCACAGGUGGUGGCACCGGGGGCACCCACCCUAACACCCCUACAGCUGCCGCCUCCAGCAACCCGCUGCCUCCUGGAGGAGACCCCAGCAGUGCCCCUGGCCCUGCCCUGCUUGGGGAGGCUGCCCCCACGGGCAAUGGGCAGCGGAGCCUUGUGGGCUCUGAAGGGCUGUCCAAGGAGCAGCUGGAGCACCGGGAGCGUUCCCUGCAGACGCUUCGAGACAUUGAGAGGCUGUUGCUCCGCAGCGGGGAGACCGAGCCCUUCCUCAAGGGACCCCCAGGAGGAGCCGGCGAGGGGGGACCACCAGCACAAGCCCCUCCUGCCCCCCAGCAGCCCCCCACGGCCCCUCCCAGUGGGCUGAAAAAGUACGAGGAGCCCUUGCAGUCUAUGAUCUCACAGACGCAGAGCCUGGGGGGCCCCCCGCUGGAGCACGAAGUGCCUGGGCACCCCCCAGGCGGGGACAUGGGGCAGCAGAUGAACAUGAUGAUGCAGAGGCUGGGCCAGGACAGCCUGACGCCGGAGCAGGUGGCCUGGCGCAAGCUGCAGGAAGAGUACUACGAGGAGAAGCGGCGGAAGGAGGAGCAGAUCGGGCUGCACGGGGGCCGCCCUCUGCAGGACAUGAUGGGCAUGGGGGGCAUGAUGGUGAGGGGGCCACCGCCUCCCUACCACAGCAAGCCUGGGGAUCAGUGGCCCCCCGGCAUGGGGGCACAGCUGCGGGGACCCAUGGAUGUCCAAGAUCCCAUGCAACUCCGGGGCGGACCUCCCUUUCCCGGCCCCCGUUUCCCAGGCAACCAGAUGCAACGGGUGCCUGGGUUUGGAGGCAUGCAGGGUAUGCCCAUGGAGGUGCCCAUGAAUGCCAUGCAGAGGCCUGUGAGGCCGGGUAUGGGCUGGACCGAAGACUUGCCCCCCAUGGGGGGGCCCAGCAAUUUUGCCCAGAAUGCUGUGCCCUACCCAGGUGGGCAGGGUGAAGCGGAGCGAUUCAUGACCCCCCGGGUCCGGGAGGAGCUUCUGCGGCACCAGCUGCUGGAGAAGCGGUCGAUGGGCAUGCAGCGCCCCCUGGGCAUGGCAGGCAGUGCCAUGGGGCAGGGCAUGGAGGUGGAGCGGAUGAUGCAGGCGCACCGGCAGAUGGACCCGGCCAUGUUUCCUGGGCAGAUGGCUGGUGGUGAGGGCCUGGCGGGCACUCCCAUGGGCAUGGAGUUUGGUGGAGGCCGGGGCCUCUUGAGUCCCCCCAUGGGGCAGUCUGGGCUGAGAGAGGUGGACCCUCCCAUGGGGCCAGGCAACCUCAACAUGAACAUGAAUGUGAACAUGAACAUGAACAUGAACUUGAAUGUCCAGAUGACCCCACAGCAGCAGAUGCUGAUGUCACAGAAGAUGCGGGGCCCAGGGGACAUGAUGGGGCCGCAGGGCCUCAGUCCCGAGGAGAUGGCCCGGGUGCGGGCCCAGAACAGCAGCGGCAUGAUGGGUGGCCCCCAGAAGAUGCUCAUGCCCUCGCAGUUCCCCAACCAGGGCCAGCAGGGAUUCUCUGGGGGCCAGGGGCCCUAUCAAGCCAUGCCCCAGGACAUGGGCAACACACAAGACAUGUUCAGUCCCGACCAGAGCUCAAUGCCCAUGGGCAACGUGGGCACCACCCGGCUCAGCCACAUGCCCCUGCCCCCUGCGUCCAAUCCUCCCGGGUCUGUGCAUUCAGCCCCUAACCGGGGACUGGGCAGACGGCCUUCAGACCUCACCAUCAGUAUUAAUCAGAUGGGCUCGCCGGGCAUGGGGCACCUGAAGUCGCCCACCCUUAGCCAGGUGCACUCGCCCCUGGUCACCUCGCCCUCCGCUAACCUCAAGUCACCCCAGACUCCCUCACAGAUGGUGCCCUUGCCUUCGGCCAACCCGCCGGGACCUCUCAAGUCGCCACAGGUCCUCAGCUCCUCCCUCAGUGUCCGUUCACCCACUGGCUCGCCCAGCAGGCUCAAGUCUCCUUCCGUGGCGGUGCCUUCUCCCGGCUGGGUCGCCUCACCCAAGACAGCCAUGCCCAGCCCUGGGGUCCCCCAGAACAAGCAGCCGCCCCUCAACAUGAACUCUUCUACCACCCUGGGCAGCAUGGAACAGGGUGCCCUCCCGCCUAGCGGCCCCCGGAGCAGCUCCUCAGCGCCUCCCGCCAACCCUCCCAGCGGCCUCAUGAACCCCAGCUUGCCAUUCACUUCCUCCCCAGACCCCACGCCUUCCCAGAACCCCCUGUCACUGAUGAUGUCCCAGAUGUCCAAGUACGCCAUGCCCAGCUCCACCCCGCUCUACCACAACGCCAUCAAGACCAUCGCCACCUCCGACGACGAGCUGCUGCCCGACCGGCCCCUGCUCCCCCCUCCACCACCGCCACAGGGCUCUGGGCCAGGGAUCAGCAAUAACCAGCCCAGCCAGCUGCACCUGAACUCAGCUGCUGCCCAGAGCCCCAUGGGCAUGAACCUGCCAGGCCAGCAGCCCCUGUCCCAUGAACCCCCGCCUACUAUGUUGCCCUCCCCUACCCCUCUGGGGUCCAACAUUCCACUGCACCCCAAUGCACAGGGGACAGGAGGGCCCCCUCAGAACUCGAUUAUACUGCCUCCAGGGGGCCCAGACUCCCUGAGUGCCCCCUGUGGCCCUGUGCCCAGCUCGUCCCAGAUGAUGCCCUUCCCCCCUCGGCUGCAGCAGCCCCAUGGUGCCAUGGCCCCCAGCGGGGGUGGGGGCGGGGGGCCUGGCCUGCAGCAGCACUACCCUUCGGGCAUGCCCCUGCCCCCAGAGGACCUGCCUAGCCAGCCGCCGGGCCCCAUGCCCCCUCAGCAGCACCUGAUGGGCAAAGGCAUGGCUGGGCGCAUGGGCGAUGCCUACCCCCCGGGCGUGCUCCCUGGGGUGGCAUCCGUGCUGAACGACCCUGAGCUGAGCGAGGUGAUCCGGCCCACCCCGACGGGGAUCCCUGAGUUCGACUUAUCGAGGAUCAUCCCCUCUGAGAAGCCAAGCAGCACCCUCCAAUACUUCCCCAAGAGCGAGAACCAGCCCCCCAAGGCCCAGCCCCCCAAUCUGCAUCUCAUGAACCUGCAGAACAUGAUGGCGGAGCAGACCCCCUCACGGCCCCCCAACCUCCCGGGCCAACAGGGCGUCCAGCGGGGUCUCAACAUGUCCAUGUGCCACCCUGGACAGAUGUCCUUGCUGGGCAGGACAGGUGUGCCCCCGCAGCAGGGCAUGGUGCCCCACGGUCUGCACCAGGGAGUCAUGUCCCCGCCACAAGGCCUCAUGGCCCAGCAGAAUUUCAUGCUGAUGAAGCAACGGGGCGUAGGGGGCGAGGUCUAUAGCCAGCCCCCCCACAUGCUCUCCCCACAGGGCUCCCUCAUGGGCCCCCCGCCCCAGCAGAACCUCAUGGUGUCCCACCCCUUGCGGCAGCGCAGCGUGUCUCUGGACAGCCAGAUGGGGUACCUCCCGGCGCCGGGCAGCAUGGCCAACCUGCCCUUCUAGCGGUCCCCGGGGGGGUGGGGGCUGGGGCGAUACUGCAAAUAUGAUAACCUUAAAGAAGUUUCUUCCCCUCCAGUGUUGGGAUGGCCUGGGUCAAGGGGUGGGGUGGAGGGGUGGGAGGGACUCGUGUGGGGAGUGGCGUUUGUGGAAACCAGAAGUGCUGGCAGCUUAGGGGAAAGUGGCAGAGCGGGGUGGGGGGUUUUGGAUUGGGGUUCUAUUUCAGCCGUGGGGACUGCCCCUCCCUCACCCCUCCCCAGUCCGAUGGAGCCUCUCUUUUCCCUCGUUCUCGGCACCCCUCCCCCUCUUCAGCUAUGCUUUCAGAGUCCUGUUAUGGAAUCCUGGGGUGGGAGUGGGAGGAGAGGAGAGGUCUCCCCACUCUGUCCCUUUCCUUUCUGUGGCUGUCUCCUCGGCUCUGUGUUGCUGGGGCUUCACUCUCCUCUUGGUUUCUCUGCUCCCAGCCGUUUUUCCUUCUGUCUUUUCCUGUCUCGUUUCCUCUCCCUGCUGCUGUGGCUGACCCCCUCUCCCACCCCUCCCUGCAGGCGGCUGGCUAGGUGGGCAGGCGCCAGCCGCGACUGUAAAUAGUACGCUGAGCUUUUGUGCGGGUUUGUGUGUGUGCUGUAUUUCUGUGUUUUGAUAGAAGUCACAAACAAGAAAAAAGGUUAAACCCCUCCCUCCCCCCUUCUUCAAAUUAUUGCCCCUUUCCAUUCCCCUGGACUCAGGACCACACAGUCCGACACACGCACCCGCUGUUUGCUGGGUCUCUGGGUCCGUAAGGCUACCAUUCCGGUCCCUUCCCCAGAUGGUGAAACAACAGAUACCCCACACCUAAACUGAGGUCAGACCACCGAGGCUUCCACCUGGAGAGCCCCAUCCGAGCUGAGACACCCCCCCCUCCAAAGCGGCAGCCAGUCUGCUGCUGAAUGAAUUCAGGAGAACGUGUGCUAGGGCAUGCAUGCUCGCCCCACACAGGGGACCCGGGGCCCUGGCUUCCCAGCUCCGGAUGUCUGGCGUCCGCUGCUGCUACACCUUAGCCAGAACUUGAAGUCCUUCGUCCCCCGUGUGGGAUGAGGGAAAGGAGGAAGAGGUGGAGGCUGUGCGGCCCCUUGAGCGGGGCCAUGGAGCAGUGGCCCAGCGGCCCAGAUGGCCCUGUGCCUGCUGCAGCAGCCCUGGGCCAGGGAAGCCCCAGGCCCCGACUUUUCCAGGAGCUGCCACCCACUUCCCACCAAAGGCGGAAGGAAGAGGGUUUGGCUGAGUCCAUCUGUCUCCCUCCAGCCUCCGCCCUUUGAGAAUGGGUUAGAGAAAGUGAUGGAGAAGCAGGGCGCAUCCUACCUGCCCGCUCACCGGCAAGGCCCUCUGCCCCGGGCUCGGGGCUCUCUGCCUGCCCAGGCCCAGCCACUGCCUCCCCCUCGCUCCCCUGCUCUUUCCCAGACCUCCCCACCUGCCUCUGGUCCGAGCUGAAGCCAUACAGACUCAGUGUUUUGCCCCCUUGGCCCCAGGAGUAAAACACUUCUCCUUUUCUCACUUCCUUUCCUGCCUUGUGAGGUGGCAGGGCAGUUCCCUGACCUUUGUGCCCGAACUCCAGGGCCAAGGGCCAUUUCUAGACAAGGUGUCUUUUGCCAUGGCCCCGUCCCUAGCCUUCCCGAUCUGCAGGGUCUGGCCUUGCAUUGGCAGCUGUGUUACAAAGGGAAUUUGCCCCACUUUUCCCAGUCUGGUGCUGUCCUCAGUCCACCGUCAGCCAGGUCAAGCGCUUCCUCUGGGGCUGGCUGGCUGCAGGCUCCUGCCUUCUCCAGCACCUCCCUGGGGCCCCUGGGGCCCCCGGGGCCAGGGCCCCGGCACCUGUGUUUGGGGGGCCACCUGCCUUCCAUCCUGCCAGGCGCUUUGCCCACCCUGCCUCAACCUGGGCCAGUGAGCCCCCCACCCCUGACCCAAGACUCCCCAAACUGAGUCUUUUAAGUGUUUCCUGCCCAGAGGAGAGAGGGGUCAGACCGCAAAGGGCCGAGUGUCCUCCCCAUUCUCCUCUUGCCCCAUCUCCGCCACCAGACUAGCUUUCCAAGGUGAACUCCACAGGCCAGCCUAUGUCCCUCCAUCCAUGGCCAUACCCCCAGCCAUUUUGUACCAUUAUAUAAAUAUAUAUAUAUAAAUAUAAAUAUAUAAAUACAAUAUGUGAAGACAUCUUCUUGGUUUUUAUUUUGAAACAAUUUUUAGGCUUGUUCCGGGGGUCUCUGUGCUGCCUGUACUGUAUUGACCUGUUUUAUAGGUGCCUUUUUAUUAAAAAGAGAAAAUUAAAAAUCCAA